GCACUGCUCAGCUUCACAGAAGCGGAUCCCAUCAGGAACACAUAUGAAUGAGUGGAUGUGGGGAACUCCAUCCUGCAAUUUAGAGCAGACAUUUGAGAACUUCAAGGUCCUUGAUCUGCAAAGAAAACACGUGGCAAUUGUGAAGAAAUGCAGUGGAAGCCUGAUUUAUGCUGUCAUGAAACAAUAGCCAUUCGGGGCUCGCCCUGCGCUGCCGGGAAACCAAAAUGCCUGCGGGAUCUGCCUGGUGCCACCCUGCUCUGCUCCUGCUUCUCUCCUCCGUGCCCCUGUGGGCCGCCGAGAUUUCUUGCAGGAAUGAAGACGGGGAGACGGUGGAUUGGUUCGCUCUUUACAAGUUGCCAAAACAUGCCAAAGGACAGAUUCCCAUGCUGGGACUGGAAUACCUGUACAUGGACGCCCUGGCUCCGCAGUGGCAGCUUGGUAAAUACCUCAUCAACAUGACACAGGGUGCUCUGGGACAAACACUGCAGCAGCUGUAUGAGACGUAUGAAUCCAAGAGGAACACCACUGCAUAUGCGAUAUACAACGAUGAGAUCCCUGAACCAGACUCCAAAGGGUCAAAGUGUGGACACACCAAAGGAUUUCUGCUCUUGGAUAAAUCACAAGGCUUCUGGGUGAUUCACAGUGUGCCCCUGUUCCCUCCCAUCCCUGAGGAUGGUUAUGGAUAUCCAUCUACUGGGGAGUCCUUUGGACAGACAGCCAUCUGUAUAACCUUCAAAUAUGAUCAGUUCACAGAAAUAGACCAGCAGAUGCUGAGUUAUAAUCCAGGAAUCUACAGCUGUUCCAUCCCUGACAUCUUCCAAGCUGAUCUCCCAAAUCUCCAGAAACUCUGUGCCAAGUCCAGGCUGCCCUCGGUCCCUUUGCGCCACCUCUCCAAGCUCCAGUCAGCUCAUGGGGAAACCUUUCUCCACUUUGCAAAGUCACACUUGUUCAUAGAUGAUAUCUAUGUGGCCUGGAUGGCUCAGGAACUGAAGACUGAUUUGUUGGCUGAAUCAUGGCAGCGUUCUGGUGAAAAGCUUUACUCAAAUUGCUCUCUUGACUACCACGUCUACAACAUAAACAUCAUAGGGAUGCCAUUGAACUCCUCCUUUCAUUCCAUUAAUGACCAUUCCAAAUGGGCUGUUUCAAGGAUGUACAAAGAUCAGUGGACAUGCAUUGGGGACCUGAACCGUGCUGCUGAGCAAGCUUGGAGAAGUGGUGGGUUCAUCUGUACCCAGAAUGAACAGAUCUACAAAGCUUUCAGGCAUCUGAUAAUCCACUAUGAAAGCUGCACUUCUGCUCCCAGAGAGCUAUAACAAACCAUUCCUGCUAACCAGCACAGCCCUUGCUACAUGGGAAGUGUAGAAAAUGUCUCCCUUCAACUGUACUUUCACUCUGAAAAUCAGCCCUGUGAGUUUCCAGAUGUGCUAAGCACAUCCUAGCUGUAGGAGCAGGUGGUGUGCAGGUGAAGGGCAGCUGUUUUCCUGUGGUGUGGGGCCCUCUGGGGCUGUGUGCUGGGCCCUGCUCUGCUCCCCUGGCUCCUCUCAGCAUCCCCACCAGACUGGGACUGGAGGGAUGCUGCUGCAUGGGGCUGCACCAAAACUCAUCUCUGUGAGCACCCUGCACGGGUAUCCCUGGGCACCUUGGGAGUGGGGCUGGACGUGGGACAGGAGGGACAACAGAAACCUCUCAUGAGCUGGGCUGUCAGGACUGGGCUGGUAGCAAGGGAUAAGUACUCCCAAAUACUUCAAAACUGCCCUGAAUUUCUGGCACUGUUGAGAUAAAUCACAGCAUUUCUGAUCAGCUUGGGCUAAAUCUCUAAAAGAGCUGAGAAAAUUAGAUCCAGACAAGGAGAUGAGUAGAUCUGAAGACAGGAAGACCCCAUCUUCAUAUUAUUCACUUUUAGAGAAUUAAUAUACUUUAAAUCAUCUUUAAAUUAUCUGUAAUCAAUAGCUUGGGAAUAUUUCUAGCACUUUUAUUCAUGUACAGCAAUUUUAUAAACAAAUAAACAUGUCCAAAGUAUGAAUAAGCAAAAUAAGGAGUAACAAUGGUGUAUUUACAGUCUCCCUCUUCCGUCUGUAUAGUUAUUUGUGGUUGGUUACAGUGUUUUGUAGGUGCCAAGGGAAAAAUGGAGACAAUUAGGAAAAAAAAUAAAGAGAAGAAUAUAUUUGAAGAAAGGUGCUAUUUAACCUACAUUUUCACAUUGCAACAAGUGCGGCUGUUAAUUUUCAGUAUCUCUAGUCUCAGACUUAGGACCUGAAGUUUGCAUGGUCUUGCUAUAAAGACAAAGGUGACUGGCAAAACCCCAAUACACUCUCAUGUUCAGAUUUCAAAAGUGUAUCUGUGUUUAAUGUGUUCCUAAAUAUAUUUAUAUGUUUCUAUCUCAUUUUUUCCUGGAUUGGUAAUAUAAACUCCAGUCUGAAGAUCUGGCUGUCACGCUCACAUUUCUGUUUUGCUGUGUUCAUGGUCCCUACCACUGAGCCUCCAUGGAAGUAGGUGUAAGGAAAUGCCCCACAACCACAAGAGGUUACGAAAGAUUUCUUUCCCUUUUCAUCCUGAACAAUCAGCCAAACAACAAAGUGUGCAAAGUGUCAAACAAAUUAAUUUCAGAAAAAAAUUGUGCAUAAGAGAUAGAAAUAAUGUAUGUAUCCUGCAUAAUGAAGAGGGUUGUAAAUGAAUAGGUUUCAUAAUUAGCCAGUCUGGGUGGAAGAUAGCUCGUAGCUUGAGUCUAAUGGCUCAGUGAAAAUAGUAGUGUUGCUCAGAUAUCCUGCAAGAAUUUUUUAAAUUUUAUUUUCUCUGCAUAUGACCCAAUAACAUUCGAUAAAUAAUGUCUGAUAAUGUUCUUUGUCUGAUGCCAGUCAAAUUGUUUUACAUAUUUACUUCUUGUUUGGCUAGCUGUGGUCAAGCAACACCUUUUGUGGCAGCAAAAAUUGCCAGUGACACAGAACACUGCACUGUGGGAUGGUAAGGCAUUGCUCAGAUAAGCCAAGACAAAAUUAAUUUCUCUUGCCUAUCUUUUCAUGGCAGACACUAACCUAACCUGCUUGUCUGAGCUCUUGUAUCUUACCCACAGCUUUGUGUAAGCACAACUUCAGUGUACAGGACUGGCAAGAAAUCCUCCACUGGAGACAGUGCUGGCGAGCUCACCACGUGUGUCACAGAGCACCUGGAUCUGUGGCACAACCUGUAUUUCUUGUAGUAUUUUCAAAUACUCAGCCACAGCAUUUGGGUCACAGGGUUCAAUAGCAAAGAGUCUCUGUCCCAGUGUUGCCAGGCUCCUGCUCCCCAGGCCACUUGAAGUAAGUGCUGAUUGCUUUUCUUAAUUAUUUGAUCAAUUAAUAGUCGUCAUAAAGUUUUACAAGACUACUUAUACGUUCCUCUUUCAUUGUACCCAAGGCUGGUUGCCUCCAUUUCAGCUGUAACUGUGG